GUUAAGAGUUUGAUAUGAUUCAGUGAACAAAUAUAUUGAAAGAAUAUUAAAUAACUUAGAUUGCAUUAGCACCGAAGUGCAUUUUUAAUCUGGUUGGGUAACAUUAGAUUUGCUACAAUCUGGAAUUCAGUUUGGAUUACUACGGUCAAUACCUAAUGGAGAAAAUAAUAUCAAAUGUUGAAGAUUUUAUUAUCCGAGUUGAAAACGCGAGUGAUCCUCGGGUAAAAGAUUGGCCACUUGUUCAGAGUAUUUGGUGUCCAGUUCUUGCAGUCAUGUGUUAUAUCGUAGUCGUAAUUCUUGGGCCAAGGAUAAUGAAAAAUCAACAGGCAUUUCAACUGAGAGUUACUAUGAUUCUAUACAACUUCUUAGCAAUCGUUAGCAGUGGAUACAUGUUUAUAAAGCUUUUAGUCAGUACCGUGCAAGCAAAUUACAGUUUCAUCUGCCAAGCCGUGGACUACUCGAUUGACAAGCCAAUAGAAAUUGAGAUUGCAAGAAUCAUUUGGUUGCAUUAUUUGUCAAAAUAUUUUGAAAUGCUUGACACGGUAAUUUUCAUUCUGCGCAAAAAAGAACGCCAGAUUUCAUUUCUUCAUGUGUACCAUCAUUCCUCUGUACUUAUCUUAUGGUGGAUAGCUGCAAAGUGGAUUCCUGGAGGAUCAUCAUUCGUUCCAGCCAUAAUAAAUUCCUUCGUUCAUGUGGUUAUGUAUACUUAUUAUGGACUUAGUAUGUUCCCUUCAUUGCGAAAAUAUCUCUGGUGGAAAAAAUAUUUAACACAACUUCAAAUGAUCCAAUUUUGCUUCAUUUUUUUUCAAUCGAUCUUUGUUGUGGCAACUGACUGUAGUUCUAUCUAUCCGCCAUGGAUGCUUAUUGUAGCGAUAUUUUACAUGAUUACAAUGUUGUUGCUGUUUGGAAAGUUCUAUUUAGCCGCUUACAUCUCACCUAAAACGAAAAUAAUGAAAGCAGAAGAAAAUGGCUAUGUAAAAGACUAUGAAAGAAAAAAACUGUUGUAAACAGCUAGGUCAAUAUAUUUAGCAAUAACCCUGCUCUAAUGCAAAUUUAAUAAGUUUAGUAUACGACAAUUAAUAAUGAUUACAUUAGAAGUGAAAAUAAUAUACACUUAUAAUCCUGAGCCUGAGGGAAAUACUGAGUUUUGUUUUCCCAAGUUCCUUGUUAUAUAGGAACGUGAAAAACACACAUACCAUACACAACAAUUUUGCAACACUCGUUGCGAACCAUUGAACAGAUCGCUGAUCAAAGCAAAAUAUUCGUUUUUUACUUUUUGAAUCUCUUUUGGUUUGCUGAUCAAAGAACGUACGUUUCAAACAUUAAAGUUUAUU